UCGUCGCCGUUGUCGCCUGCUCUUGGAGUCGUACAUUUUUGCAUGAAAAUUGCAACCAAAAAGAAUCACACUCCAUGGCCAUACGACAAUGUCCAAUGCUCGUGAGCUGGCAUUGAUCGAGAAAUGGGCUGAUAUUGCCACACCGGCGACGCCGACGCGGCCCACACUAUCGCCGACCUCGCCGCGUUCCAUUGUGAAGUUCUGUUGCUGUCCGCAGCGCAGGCGCUACGAUUUGCGGCAGUCAAGUGGCGGCAAGAACACGCUGCAUGCCAGAAACAUAUUCGUAGAUAACGAUUUCAGCUAUAUUGAUGAUGUGGCGAGGCAUGAUGUGAAGCAGCGACGCAGCCACACAGAUUGCCAAAACGAUAAGGAGUGCAGCAGCAGCAGCAGCAGCAGCAGCAGCAGCAGCAGCAACAGCAGCAGCAGCAGCAACAGCGAUAGCCACGAUAAUGCCAAUGAUAUCGCUGGCUCGGGCAACGACGGAAAUGUGGCGCUGAUAUUAAUGAAUCAACGAAAUCUGUCUGAACAAUGGCGGCAGGACAACAAAGGCAACAGCAGCAGCAGCAGCGAUCUAUCUGCGGCAACUAAAACUUGCGCUGUCACAAAGAGCCCGCAGAGUGGCAAUGAGCAGCAGCCGCAGCAGCAGCAACGACAACCAACCCAAAGACUUAGCAAUAGCUUGCAACAGCAACAGCAACAGCAACUGCAGCAACAUAGCAAUAAGGAAAAUACUUUAAGCUACGACAACAACAACAAGCCGCGCUGUAAUUAUUGUAAAUUACCCGACACCGACACCGACGACGACGACGACGUGCCACAAACGAACAGCAGUACGACGAAAAUUGAUGCAACGAAGUCGUCGCAGAAUAAAAUGACAAUUACGACAGCCACAGCCUGUGAGUGUGGGCAGACAACAACAGAGGCAGGGGCAGGGGCAGGGGCAGAAGAGUUUGUGGGUGCUGCCACAGAAGUGCUGUGCAACGAUAAAGCAACAUUGACAGCAGCAACAGCAACAGCAACAGCAACACAAGCAACUGCAGCAACACCUAAGCCCCGCAUUGCAGCGCGUCCGACCACGCCCAGCCGCCUCAAGACUGUGAUCAAAACGACAAUGGUGAAGCGCAGUCCUAGCCAUGACUCAACGCAGGCCGCAGCACAUGUGUUGCCACAGUCACAGCCAAACAGCAGCAGCAACAGCAACAGCAACAGCAACAACAUUGCCCAUGACGAGCCCAGACGUUCGGUUAGGGAGCGCAUCGCCGCCUUUGCGGCAGGAAAUGAGCCACUGGGGCAGGGGCAGAGUGGAGCCACAGCGACGCGGCAACAUGACAAAGUCAAGAAAUUAACUCAAAUGCAGUGCAAUGGAAAUGGCAAUACAAAUCAAAACAACAUGACAAGCGAUGUGAAAAGCGCAAUUAGCAGUGGCAGCAGCAGCAGCAGCAGCAGCAGGAACUUGCAACAUCAAACGCUUAUCAACGGCAAGGCGACGACGCCGAAGGCAAUGGCAGGAGGAGUUGCAAGAGCAGCUGCCAGAACAGCAGAAGGUGAAGGAAGUGCCACAGUUGAAGCAGCAAAAAGUGCAACACAAGGGGCAGCAGGAGCAGCAGUAGACACUGCCACAUCGGGCUGCACGUCGGCUAUCGCCACUGACGCGACGCGCUACAAAUCGGGAUUAAGUGAUGCGACGGACGUUGAUGGCAAGACGAUGGCUGCUGCCUCAACCCCAGCCACAGCCACAGCCACAUUUGUGCCAAGUGCUGCAGGCGUUUUUAGCACCGGUUGUGCAACCAUGCCGCGCACUCGCCAAUACGGAAGCAGUGCCACAGCCGCAACAGGAGCAACAACUCCAUGCAACACCAUGACAGCUGAUAAGAAAUUCUUAAGCCAGGCGGCGCCGUCGCCCGUUGCUGCCUCGGGCAACACGGGGCAUCUGCAUCAUAAGCUGCAAUUUGUCGAUAAGGCCGAGUCCAAAUUGGCCGCCUUGGACAACCUCGACCUGGCGCACAGUCUCGACCUGAUGGAUGUCGAUGGCGAUGAUCCGUACGGCGCAUUGCAGGAAUAUCUGGAGCGUGUCAAGCGUGAGAUCAAUGAGGUCUUUGAGCUGCGCAAGGUACAGCGGCUCGAGCAGCAGCUAAGGGAGCAGCUGGAGGAAGCCGCGGGAGGAGCAGGGGGAGCAGGAGGCAUGCCGCUUGAUGAAUUGUCUCGUUCCACGGAAUCAGAUAGCGGCUUUGACAGCAGCAGCACAACAGCAACCACAGGGGGAGGAGGCAGAGCAGCCACCAGGCCCGUGACAACUAAACUUCGAGCAUUGUCGCCACCGCCCCUUGGUGGCGCCGCUCCACCACCACCACCGCCUGCCGCCCCCUUGGAGGAUGUCAACAUUUGGGCGUGCAAAUUUCUACGGGAUCUGGACAGCCUGAUGGCCGGCGAUAAGCUGCCACCGCAUCUGGCCCGGGCACUAGCGGCCACAGGUUCGCCCAGCCAGCAGCCCACAGCCCCGCGGACAGCGCCCAUGCUGCUCUCGGCAGCGGCCACAGCGGCCAUCCAGAGUCGCUUUGGCAAGGGCUCAUCCAUCACGGAACAGCAGCAGCAGCAGCAGCAGCAGAACGGACUUGUCUUGAAACCCGAGAAGCAUGCCACCAUUCCACUGCAAUCGUUUAACCUUGAUUGCGGACGCAACGAAGCGAUGAUGUUGCCAGCCACCGCCAGUGCCAGUGCCAGUGGCAGCAGCGCCAAGUCGAAUGUUGCCUAUAUGCGCACCCUAUCGGCGCCGAGUGGCCAUGGAGGAGCAGGCACAGUCGCGGCUCCAGCCAGUCAGCGCAAGAGCCUCGCUGGCAGCACAUUUAAUGGCCAUGCCAUGGAGACAACAUCGCCGACGACUCAUAAGCUGACAAAUUUCCAAAGUGCAUUGAAAAUCGAGGAGCUGGCAGCGGCGGCAACAGGUGAAUCGAUGACAGCAGCGACCACCAUCGAGGAGGAUUUGAAAUCUAGGCGACAGCGUCAACUGAGCAGCGGCAGCGACAUGGAAACAAUGAUAGCCCCAGCGACUGCGACUGCGACUCCCUCUCCUUCCUCGAUUGUGGCCGCAUCUAUGCCCAUGUCGAUGCCAAAACGGGUGGCCAUUAAUCAUGCGACGGCAGCCUCCUCAUUGAUGAACAGAAAUGCCAUCAGCCCCACGCCAGCAGCCGCAACAGGAGCUGCAGUUGGUGCUGUGACAGCCAAAGGUACGGCCACGCCCGGCUAUCUGGUGGAUGUGACCAAAAAAGGAUCCACAUCAACAAUUUGGACAUCGGAGGAGUCGAUACUCCGCAGCGUUGGCGCCGUCGAUGAAGACAACAACUCCACUUCAUCAUCAUCGGCCUGCGAGGAGGCAACAGGUGUGCUCAGUUCCGGCAAGUCGGGCAUCUCGCUGGACUCCUCUGGGCUGGACAAUGACAACAAUGAGAGCGGCAUAGGCACAGCCACACCGCCCAAGGACAUGUCCCACUGGAAGAGCCACCAUCUGCAGCACCACCACCACCACCACCAUCAUCAUCGCAGUGGCCCGGACAACGAGUCGGUGAGCAGCUUGGAGGCGCUGCGCAAGAUGAAGUUCCAGAAGAGCGGCUCGGUGGCCUCCUCCGAUGAUCCCGAUCUGCUCGAGGUGCUCAGCCAGUGCGGCAGCGGCGGUGAGGCGGAGGCAGAGGCGGCCAACGAGUCCCAAGACGACAUGCUGGAUGAGCCGAAGCAAAAGUCCAGCGGCAGCAGCAGCAAGCCGAACGAUUACGACGAGUGCCACGACGAGUUCGAUCUGGGGCAGCACAUCUGCGACUGCGACUGCACGGACGGCGAUGCGAGCAGCGCCAGCGGCGGCGGCACUGCCUCCAUGGCCGCCACGCCCGUGGUGCUGCGCCGCAAGUACAUCGCCCCACCGCCCAUUCUCGUGCCCUGCGGCGGCCGUCAGCGCAGUCAGCGGAGUCACUCGCUCGAUCACUAUCACCAGCAGCUUCAUCUGGUGCAGCCGCGCAAGCUGCUGCCGCGCCACGCCAAUGCCAGCGGCCACAAGGAGCGCGCUCAGCUCUCCCUAGCACUGCGCCAGGAGCCCUUCCAGUCGCUGCUCUCGCCCACGGCCACCACGCUGACGCAGCUGCAUCACUUCGUGGAGCUGCCCUCGCCGAGCAGCGCCUCGCUGCACAGCAAUCUGGGUGACUCGGGCGGCAUCCCAGAGCUCACCACGAAGUCCAACUCGGCGCCGCUGCUGCUCAAGGAGCGUGAGCUAAGCAGAAGAUACGAUGACUUUGCUGCUCAUCAUUUGACGCUGCGCUAUUCUCGUUCGCAGAGUGAUCGCUAUUUGGCAGAAAUCGAAGCCGUGGAGGCCUGCAAAUGGCUGCGUGCUGCAGGUUUUCCGCAAUAUGCGCAGAUGUAUGAAGUUCAUCAGUUUCCGCUUGACUUGAAUAAUGUAGCCAAAGAUCACACCAAUCUGGAGAACGAUCAGCUGCAGUCGCUGUACCGGCGGCUCUGUGUCCUCAAUCGCUGUGCCACCAUGCGGCUGGACCAGUCGCACAAGCCGCAAACACCGCAGCCCAAGGAGGAAUCGGAUGAUGAGAACUUUGCUCUAAGCGAAAACUGGACAUUCCAACCGCACAUUCGCCGCUGGUCGCGCAUCGGGGAGAUGGGCCUGGAGCUGCCGCCGCCGGGUUCGCUGAAUCUGGAGAAGACCGAGAGCUCCUCGAAGGAGUCCAGCCCGGACCGCUUCGAGGACGAUGGCUACGAUUUGGGCGGUGCUGGCAUUACCCUCAUGAUCCCAGGCUGCAGCAAGACCUCCACGGGCACCACCGACGGCUCCUCGCUGGGCGAUGGCUCCGAUUCGGCUGGACGACUGCGACGCAGUGGCAGUGAACGCAUCAAGGACGGUGCCAAGGCCUUCCUGCGGCGCGUCGAGUCCAUCAAGUCGCGACGCCGCAAGCGACAGAAUCGCGAGAACGUGGUCAUCAGUGGGCCCCAGGUGCUGGACUUGUCGCAGCUGGGACAGCGGAGCAGCCUCCGCAAACCGGAUGCCGUCUACUCCACCCCGCCCUCCCCCUCCGCGCUGAGUCCCCUGCACACAUUCCCCAAGGCGCCGUUCUUCGGCAACGAGCUGAAGGUGCCCAGCCACAGUGAGAAUUUCCUCAGCCCGAACCGCGCCAGUCCAAAGCGCACCCCGACCACACCCCGCUCGAUGCGCACCAGUCCGCUGCACUUCUUCUCGAACCCGAUGACGCAGCUGAAGGAGGGCAAGUCGGACGACUCCUCGUCGUACUACAGCGACAGCCAGGAGUCGUCCACGGGGGGCAAGCUGUCGCUGCGCAAACCCUCCAAGGCGCGACGCUUCCUGCAGCGCUCGGGUAAGGUGGACGACAUCGGGGCCCACUCGGACUCCGAGUGCCACCAGGGACGCAAGCUGCUCAUCAAGGAUGCCAACUCCAACACGACGGAGGUGAAGAUCAAGAAGCUGACACGCGGAGGGUCGCUGAACCUAGGCAAAGAUGUCAAGAAGCGGGAUGGCUUCCGCACUUCCUCGUUUCGCUCGCGCAGCACCACCCGCAAGGAUCCCAAGAACGACGAGGAGCAGGGCGGCGGCGGUGGAGCCAGCAACGGUGGCGGAUCGGGCUCGAAGCGACAGCCUGUGGUGCGCUGGCACAGCUUCCAGAUGGAGGAGCGCCCCAACAUGAUCUUCCGCAAGUGCUUCUCGAAGAAGAUCGAGCCGGUGCAGGAGGAUGCAGGCAUUCCAUUUGCCGCCAUGUCGGCGGGCCAACUCCAAAUCAUUCGCAAACUGGCGCUGGUCACGCUCACCGGCCACAUGGAGCGCUACUGUCCCACCCAUCGUUCCGGCUGGAACUGGGAGCUGCCCAAGUUCAUCAAGAAGAUCAAGAUGCCGGACUACAAGGACAAGAAGGUGUUUGGCGUGCCGCUGCUCCUCGUGCUGCAACGCAGCGGCCAAACGCUGCCCAUGGCCGUGCGCGCCGCCUUCCGCUGGCUGCAGCUAAACGCGCUCGAUCAGGUCGGGCUCUUCCGCAAGAGCGGCGGCAAGUCGCGGAUCAUCAAGCUGCGCGAACAGAUCGAAGUGAGUGACUCCACGGCGGAGUGCAUGGAAGUGUUUGAUCUGCAGCAGGCCUACGAUGUGGCGGACAUGCUGAAGCAGUACUUCCGCGAGCUGCCCGAAUCUCUGCUAACCACCAAGAUGUCCGAGACAUUUGUGGCCAUCUUUCAGCAUCUGCCCGCGGAGGUGCGCCUGGAUGCGGUUCAAUGUGCCGUGCUCCUGCUGCCGGAUGAGAAUCGGGAGAUCCUCUACGUGCUGCUCGAAUUCCUCACCAUUGUCGCGGGCAACUCGCAGCAGAACCAAAUGACCAGCAACAACCUGGGCGUGUGUCUGGCCCAGUCCAUCUUCCACUCGUCCAUUUCCACGGGCUCCGCCUCGGUCUCGGCCUCGCCACGCCGCAAGGGCAAGGGCACCGGCAUGCCGGACAUGAAGGAGCUGGCCGAGGCGAAGGCCUCGCACGAGUGUCUUUCCUUUAUGAUCGAGCACUACAAGCAGAUCUACACGGCCGGCAAGGAGAAGCUGAGCAAGUGCAACUUUAGCUACAUGGAGGAGUCGAAGCCGGUGCCACUGGAGGCCCUGGGCGAGGGCAUGCAGUUCCACAAUUGGCGGGGUUAUCUCUACGAGUGCACCAGCGCCACCAUCAAGGAGGGCAGAGAAAAAACCCGCGGCUGGUUCAGCAUCAAUUCCCUCAACGACAGCAGCGUGGACAUUGCCUACAAAAAAGUGGGCGAUGGUCAUCCGCUGCGUCUGUGGCGUUGCUCCACGGAGAUUGAGGGACCACCAAGGGCGGUCCUCGAGUACGUGAUCAAACAGCGCGCCUCCUGGGACAUCAACUUGCUGCAGUGUCAGACGGUCAAGAAGCUGGACGAUCGCACAGAGAUCUAUCAAUAUGCGCUGGAUGGACAGCUCACCACGGACUUUUGUGUCUUGCGCUCCUGGCAAACGGAUCUGCCGCGUGGCGCCUGUGUCAUUGUGGAGACAUCCAUAGACAAUGCCAAAGCCAAGCCUCUUUAUGGAGCGGUGCGCGGCGUUGUGCUGGCCUCACGCUAUCUCAUCGAGCCCUGUGGCAGUGGCAGAUCGAGGGUCAUGCAUCUGGCCAGAGUGGAUGUCAAGGGCAAAACACCGGAAUGGUACAACAAGAAUUAUGGACACAUUUGCUCCCACUACUUAUCCCGCAUCAGGCUGGCCUUCAAGCACGUUGCCGAUGGACCCGAGAGCAAGGUCUAAGUUGGAAAUAUAAACACAAACAAAAUAUAGUUACAGAUAUGCCGAAUUUACUGGCGGUUAUUCGUCGCAAAAUUGACGCAUUUAUUACAAGAAAGGAAAAGAAACAAAAAGUGAAUAGUUAGCCCCCAAGUUCCCCCAGUUCGAACAACCCAACGAUUACGCAAUUAUCCAUAAACCCAACGGACCAUAAAGAGCUUAAAAAGAGAGAGGAGCAAAGAAAGGGAAAGAAAGAGAGAGAAUAUAUUCUUGUAAAUAGUUUAGUUUUAUAAAUAUCAAAGAGCAGAAACAACAAAAGGUUUUCUUCAAUAUCUUUUUUCGGUUUACAUUUAGUUUAGUGUAUUAUAUUUAUACGUGGUCCUAAUUUAUAUAUUAUCUAUGCAUACCCUAGCUGUACGACACUUGAAAUCUAACAUCCAAAAUACUCAAUACACAAAUAUCACAAAAUAUAUCUGUAAUGAUUUCUGCCCAACCCACAACCCCCCACCCCCAAACACACCCAGAAAUGUCUUUUAAUGUUAAUUAGUUUUUAGUCUCGGCAAAUACGUAUGUCUAACAUUGCAAUUAUCCCCUAGAAGAACGUGAAUUAUUUGUGCAUGAAAUGGUUCGAGAAAAUCUAAAAAGAAAAUACAGCAAAAAGGCGACAAUUGUGCAAAGAAAAACCCUGCAAAUUGUGUAAAGAAAGAAAGAAAAAGCAACCUUCAAAUGUGUAAAGCAAAUUCAACUAGUCAAAUUUUAUAAAUUUAAGCUAAACUAAACUACUAACUAACUGUAGCCCACACCUACACCCAAAAAUACACUCACAUCAAGCAAGAGUUCAAUUGCCACUCAAUAGUUUUUGUCCUGCGUUGAUUUGGUAUGGUAAAUACUAAUAUGAUUGAUUGAUUGAUUGAGUAACUAUUAUGUAAAUGUGUCUGUUAAGCGAAUAAAUUACAUGUCUACACUAUUCGCAUUAUUAUCCUUAUCAGUAGUAGUCUUACGGAGAAAGCAUUAUAUGAUAACUCAAAUAUAUAAAGUAUAAAAGCAUAGAGGAAACCGCAAUAAAAACGUACAUAAAUGC